CUGCCACCUUUACUUCCUUCGAGGACGGCUUGCAGCCCUACACCGAAGACACCCCAGCGCCUCAGGUAAUGCUUCGCAUGGCGACUUCGCACGGCUUAGCCGCGCUUCUUCCUUUCUGACUCGUUCCUUUGAUUCGAUUGCAGCGUUGGCGGAAGAUCGCGGACCACCUCCCUCCUCUCGCCGGAAAGGAACCACCGGAGAUGACCGAAGGCGAGGAGGAAGAGGUCGACGAGGAGGAGGAGCGCACCGAGUCGGACUCGGAGGCGCGGGACUUCAUCAGACUCCCGCGCGGGUCGAAGAGGGGUGCCGAGUCCUCGUCCCAGGGCGCGGCUGAAGAGGAGGCGACCUCCCGUCCGGAGGACAAGGCGGAGCCCUCCAAGGAAGGGGCCGAGCCGCUAUCAAAGCGACUGCGCCCCACUCUCCUGGAAGGGUCCAUGAGGCUUCAGUGUCCCUUGAAGGACGCGAUCGAUGCGGGAGCUCGGGCCGGUCCGGGCGUAAAAGCGAUUCCCACGGUGAAGUCCAAGAAGAAGACCUUGGCGAAGCCGCCCGCGGCCGGGGUGGCGGCCACGAGGGCGGCCGAGGCAAAGAAGAAAGCCGCGGAGAGGAAGGCGGCGCCGUCCGACCUUGGGGGUGCGGGGUCGGCUCCAGAAGAGCCCGCCGCCGGGAGUCAAGCGGAGAAGGAGAGCACUAGCCACGUCGAGCCCACCGCCAACGUUUUUCCUCUACCCAGCAUGGCUCGCGGGGGCAUGGCGAGUGCGGCGACGGGUCCGGACGUUGCUCCGCCUGUGGUGGAGGAGGAGUCGACUGACAUUGGAUCGACCGAGGGGCAGAAGGCACCCGAAGUUGAAGAGGACAUCGUCGAGGAGGGCGGUCUGUCGGAGCCACUGAAAGAGCGCCGGUCCAAGGCCGCCAGGGACCGCGCCCCGCCCAGCGACACCGACACGCGGACGGGCGAGGUUCCGUCGACUGAGGCGGUGAUGCGAGCGGACGGGGCGACCGAGUCGCGUCAUCCGCCGCCGUCUUCAUUGACCUUCACUGAGCUCCACACGGCGCUUGGCGAGGCGCAUGUGGCGGAGAUUAAGCGGCUGACCGCGCUUGUGGAGGAGGCGGCGCAGAAGAACCGGAAGCUGAUUGCCCUGGGCACAGAGGCGCAGGCAAAGGCUCUUGCCGAGGCUCGGGAAGGGUUCGUCAAGGAGUCCUUCUACCGUGAAGCCGAGUUCCGGGCGCAGCAGGCCGAAGAGGCCCGGAAAAGGGCGAAAGCGGAGGUGGCGGAAUUGACGAAGGUCCUGGAGCAGAAGGGCCGGGAGCUGGAGGACGUCAUCACCGAAUACAAGGUGAAGCUGGAGGCCGCGACUGAUGCGCGGGACUCUGCACGUGGGGCUGCCGCGUCUCUGCGGGAGGAGGUGGCGGCCUUGAAGCAGCAGCACGCCAAAGAACUUGCUGCGGAGAGGGAGGCGUCCGAGGGCAUCGUCCUGGCGGUGCAGGCCGAGAAGACCAACUUCGAGGCUUUCGUCAGGGAGAUGUCGCGGCAGAUUCUUGGUACGUGCGACUUCGUGGAGACGGCGACUCCGCGGGAAUGCCUGUCGACCGCGACCGCGCGUAUCAUCGCCCGCGCGGGGAGAUACUCGCCGCGCUCCAGUACCUAAGCCCGCGGGAGGUGAUUCC